UUUGUAGAAAGCGCGUCCCUCGCAACUGGAAAAAUAGAAUAAAAUAAAAUAGGGCCCCUGCUGGACCCGCGCCAAGUUAACCUGGUUAGGUACCUUUUCGUCGCAAAACAAACACUAGUGUAGGGAAGCAGUUGCCCACCGCCAACUCUCCAGGUCUACGAACUGUUUCUUUUCUUUUUACCACAUGCACACACAAUUGAACUCUUCUCAAACCACCAGCUUUCUCCAUUCCAUUUUCUUUCAUAAAUUUAUCAACCCAUACACAAUAACUCAUACACCGCCACAACCUCCAAGAUGUCGGUCGUAUCCCUUCUGGGCGUAAAUAUCCUGAACAACCCCGCCAAGUUCACCGACAACUAUGUCUUCGAGAUCACCUUCGAAUGCCUCGAGCAACUCGAGAAAGAUCUGGAGUGGAAAUUGACCUAUGUUGGCUCUGCGACCUCCGAUCAAUAUGACCAAGAGCUCGACUCUCUCCUGGUCGGCCCUAUUCCCGUUGGAGUUAACAAGUUUAUCUUCGAGGCCGACGCUCCUAAGACCACCCGUAUUCCCGAUGCCGAUAUCCUAGGUGUUACCGUCGUUCUUCUAACCUGCUCCUACGAUGGUCGUGAGUUCGUUCGCGUUGGCUACUAUGUCAACAACGAAUACGAGUCGGAUGAGUUGAACGCCGACCCCCCUGCCAAGCCGAUCGUUGAAAAGAUCCGCCGCAACGUCCUGGCUGACAAGCCACGAGUCACUCGCUUUGCUAUCAAGUGGGAUUCUGAGGCAUCUGCUCCACCCGAGUUCCCUCCUGAGCAACCGGAAGCCGACCUUCAAGCUGACGACGAAGAAUACGGCGCCGAGGAACUCGAAGAUGAUGCUGAAGAGGAAGAGGGAGCUGCCGCCGAGAAUGCUGGUGAGAGUAGCGCUGCCGCUGCGACUGCUGAUGGCGAUGCCGAGAUGGCAGGCGUUGAGGAGAAUGGAGAGCCUGCUGAGGAAGACGAGAUGUCUGAAGAAGGAAGUGUCGACCUUGAGAACGAGAGUGAAGAUGAGCUCGAAGAGGAGGUUGAGGGCGAGGUUGUCGAGGGUGGUGACGAUGCCAUGGAUGUCGAUGAGAAGCCUACUGCCGAAUCCAAGUCCCACGAGGUCAUGGCUCAUUAAACAUCGUCCAUCAUUUGACGAUGUUUUCAUUUGCGUCUCCGUUCGAUAAUGACUUUUUUUUAGGGAGGCAGGCACUUGCGAAGUAUUACACGAAAUUAUGAGGAGGGUUGGUAUGAGUGUUUAUUGGCUAAUGGCGGGGGCAUGAAUACCUACUCUUAUGAUGGAUGAAUGGCAAAUGGCAAAAGUAUUGCUUUGCUUACAGAUUUCCGGGUUUCCCUUUUAGAAUCACCGAUGCGAUGUGACUUACAGCACAAACUCUUAUUUUCACUGACCUACCUACCUAGGUAGAGUCUUUCGAUUAGGUAGCUAAGAAGAGAUCCAUGCCAUUAAA